AUGAUAGGAUUAUUACAACAACAAUAUUUUUUUGUUGUUGUAAUUUUUUUUGUAUUAACAAAUGGCAUACUAGCAAAUAAUAGUAAUGGUAAUAGUAAUAUUGAUAAUAAGAAUAGUUUCAACAUCGUUCCUAUGGAUAGUUUAGGUAGUGAUGAAAGCAAUGUUGUUAAUCAGUUUUAUCCUGUUGAACCAGAGGCCACAUGCAUACCUUUAAUUGUAGAAAAUAACGUUUGUUCGAAAUAUUUAAAUUAUGAUAAAAUUUACACAUCAUACACGCAGCAGAGUCAGCUAUCAGCAAUUAUAACAGCUACAUCAUUCUUUAAUGAAAUCACUCAGUAUGGUAACGCUGAAUGUAAUCAAGAAAUGGUUUUUAAAGCUAUUUGUACAUAUUUAUUUCCCCAAUGUCUAACAUAUAUAGAAGAGAAAAAAUUCAAAGAAUAUAAUUUAGCCAUUAGAACAUGUUAUGAUGAAUGCUAUCAAUCAAUUCAGUGGUGUUCUUAUAGUUAUAAAUUCGACUGCAAUCAAAAUUUAAAUGGAUACAGUGUCCCACUUUUCCCACAAAAUUCAACAGUAUACAAUUUUGAACCCAAUGGAUAUCAGAAUGUAGAACUCGAAUGCACAAAUCCAUUCACCUCAACAUCUUCAUCCAAUGAUAAUGGCAAUGGCACAUCAUCGGACAAUAAACCAACACCAAUUCCAGAAUUACCAAAUCACUCUGCAUUAGUAGUAUACAAUUUCAAUAGAGGGAAACUAACUAAAAAGAAACUAAAAAGCCUCAGCUAUAAUGAUGACGAAGAAGAUCACAUAAUAUAUCCCAAUGGUAAUAACAACUUCAAUAUCCCACCAGGAAACUCCAUUGUCAAUGAAUACACACCAUUAAUGGAUCAUUAA